GGUUUCAAAGUGUUAGGCCUACAUUUACUCCAUUACAGUGCAUAUCAGUUCGAAAAUGUAAAAGAAUAAUAAAGAUGACAAAACAGAAAGCAAUACAAGUAGCUCAAGAGCAAAGUAGGCAUGUGACCACUUUCACUUUAUAUCUCCAAAAGAAAGUUUAACCCUUCUUAGCUCUCUCUAUAAAACUCUCAUACCUCCUUGAAAACCUAUACUUCAUCUCCUAUAUCCUCAAACAUGGCGAGACUAGGCUUUAUUUCCUUACUAGUUCUUUUCCAUGUUGUUUACCUGGUUGGUAAAGCAGACUCAACCCCUCCCAGACACUCAAGUUCCACUAAGUUCAUCAAAGCUUCAUGCAGAGCAACACAGUACCCAGCUCUGUGUGUGCAAUGCCUUGCAGGUUAUGCACGCUCGAUUCGACAGAGUGAAAGACAGCUAGCUCAGACUGCUUUGGCAGUGAGCCUAUCCCGGGUGCGAAAAGCUGAAUCCUUUGUGACCAAGUUGACUAAAGUUAGGGGGAUCAAGCCUAGGGAGUACAGAGCUGUGAAAGACUGCAUAGAGAACAUGGGGGAUGGCGUGGACCAGAUUGGCCAGUCGAUGAGGGAGCUUGGACAUACGGGUCGAGCCUUUGGUCAGGAGUUCAUGUGGCACAUGAGCAAUGUGCAGACUUGGGUUAGUGCUGCACUCACUGAUGAGACCACUUGUCUUGAUGGGUUUUCAGGUCGUCUUAUGGAUGGAAAUAUCAAGGUUGCUAUCAGAAGAAGGGUCAAUGAUGUUGCUCAGGUCACUAGCAACGCACUAGCUCUGGUUAAUCGCUUUGCAACUAAACACAAGGCGGCUGCAGCUGCCAAAGAUCCUUAGAUCUAGUACAAGUGAGUUUAGGGACUAUGUAAAUGGGACAUGGUAUUAGUAAGGUUCGUGACUUUGUGCCUGGCCUAGAUUUUGUCUUAGAGGGUAUUGUUCUUGCUGGUUGAUGUGUAAGAUGACAACCUUUAAGUUUUGUACCAGUUAUGCUUUUGUUUUGACUGUAAUAUACUAGUUCUGUUUGUGAAG